AUGCAGAGAUCCGAGGAGAAGACUGCGAGUCAAGGCAACGCUGACUUUCUGCUUGACACUGUUGGCGGACAACUUGGGCGGAGGUCGGAGCAGAAGACGGCUAGUAAAGACAACGCUGAUUUCUUGUUCGAUCUUGGGGACAAGACAGAUAGUGAGGAUGAGGGUGAUGGCCAGAACUCACGUGUCAUACAUAGAUACCAUGGGAAACGAAGCCUUGAGCAGAGAUCAGAGGCAGGGACAGCUACCCUCAGCAAUGAGGACCUUAUGUACAGUGCUACUGGCGAUGAGGGGUUUCCCAAUCUCCGCGCCCUCUGGAGAGGUGGCAAAACGGAGAGAUCAGAGGAGACAGCAAGCAAAGACAACGCUGACUUUUGGGGGCCCGGUGGUGGAUAUGGUGGAUAUGGCGAUUCCAACAAGGGGGCUACUAUUAGAUAG